AAAGUUCUUAUUUCUUUGUAUAAUCCAGAACUCUUGAAAGAAUUGGAUUUUGUUGAACUAAUUUUAGAUGAAUGAGCUCCUGCCAUGGCUUCUGCCUAAUUUGAUGCUUCUAGAAGGUCGAGGUUUGGUGGACUCCGUUUGUUUCUUGAAUGCAGGAUUUGUUUGUCAAUUUAUGCUUUCCAAGAAAUGACUCUGUAAUUUCAGUUUCCAAAGUACGAGUAACAACAACGGAUGUGCAUGAUAAAUUGAUUCUGCCUUACUCAUAUUGUCUUUACAGAGCAAAAGUUCCGUGGCUCAACGUGAUCUGCGUUUCUUCUUAGUCAUUGACAGCUAUUGAUCCCACUUAGGCAGGUGUUAUAACCCAGGCUGGUCUGUAGCAUGCAGAUCAUCUUUACCGAUCUAUAAGUGAUGCAAGAGUCUCUUCACAAAUCCAUCCAUCACUACUUUUAUUGCCUGUAGCCAUUACAAAGCUUUUCUUUUCUUCUCAUAACCUCCUCCACAGAUUUUUACUUAUUAUACCUCUACAAACACAGAAUUUCUGAGUUGCUCAAUAAGCCAGGCAUCUCUUUUGCAGUUUUUAGCAACUUUGAUUAGUGGUUCACCUGCUGGAAACAAUGAGAAGCAAGGAACUUAAAUCACAUGCAUCUGAGGGUGACUUUGAUCCUGGAGGAAUGGCCAAACUGAUACCUAACAAGGCAUCAAAAUGGCAAUGCCAUAGAGCAGAGGCACAACCAGUUUCAUCUUCUUGGGUUUCAGCUGUUCUUUUUACUCACAUUCCAAACAUUACUUCAACCUUUUACUCACAUUCCAUACAUUACGUAAACUUAUAAUAAAAAAUCUAAAUUACAAUCAAACGCUUAAAUAAAAACAUAAAAAACAAUCUUAAAACAGCUUAAACCAAUAAAAUAACCUUUGAUAUUACCUUGUUGUCUGUUUAGUAUGAGAGGCAGAUUUUGAAGAAAUAAGCAGUGGCAUAUAAUUUCUCAUAUUAACUUUGUGUUGUGUGUUAGAGGCUAGAAUGAGUUAAUGGGAUGAGGCUUUAGGUGCAUGGUGUUCUGUGCAAGAUGAGCCCAAGCCUGCCACAUUUAAGGGGAGGGUGGCGCCAAGUUUUUGAAGCCAACUAUAUCUCCUUCUCUUACUGGGCAGAUGGGUAUCCCGAAGCCACCGACCUCCCACCAUUUGUCACCAACGCCUCACCAUUGGUCUAACCCACUCUUUCUCCUCAUUUGUUCACUUCACUUACAGCUUCUCACUUUAAUUUGCUCAGUUUUUUUUUACCAUUCCAUGGCUUUUUCUCUCUCUACACCGGCUCUUCUGCACCACUUGACGCGUUUCGCUUGCUUUUUGGACACCUGGGCUCUCUGCACUGGCAACAUCUUGCACCACCACGACCUUCUUCAACCAGACUUGCACUCACUACAUAUGCUGCUAGUACUCCUUAUACACUCAGACAGACACACUUCUGCUCUAUCCAACACUUCUUUGAUCACCAACACCCCCAACCCAAAACACAGCCAUUGCGGCAUUUAUAUAAAUGGCUAACAACUUUUCUUCACAACCUAGCACCACAGCCACUUCGGCCAUCAUGAACAUGAGACAAACAAACAUAGCUUCUCAAAAUUCUCAGUUAUCUAACUCUGAACAGGUGAACUUCCGUCCAACAUUGCCUGCAACACUACCACAGUACUUCUUACCACCUCAGUGUUUGCAACCCUUUCAUCAAAGCAUGCAAUUUUCCUGCCCAUACCCUCCAGAACAGGCAGCCACUCAAUCUUUUGCUGCAUAUCCUGUGUAUCCUGUGUGGUAUGGACAAAACAGGAUCGAAAUUGGAGCUGCUAAUGAGGUAUCUGCGGGAUCGUGCUCUUGGCAACCAAAUAAUGGGGUGAUGAAGGAGCAACAAAGAGGGAGUUUAGAUGCACAAAGGACUAAGAUUGCUAGGAUUAAGAGAAAACUAGCACGCCAGAGGAGUCUCAGCUUGCAGAGAAAUGCUUCUUCAGGAGGUUCUUCAGUUGUGUCUCCCUCAACUCAUAUGGAUGCAAGGAGACUUGCAUUGUAUGGUGCUGACACCAAUAACAACACCAAAACUAACAGAGAUCUGUAUAACUUCUGCACUCCAGAUAACAAAAGAUUGAGAGUGUUGCUGAGGAAGGAAUUAAAAAACAGUGAUGUGGGGUCUCUUGGAAGGAUUGUUCUUCCAAAGAGAGAAGCUGAGGAGAAUCUUCCAAGCCUCUCUGAUAAAGAAGGAAUUCAAGUAGUGAUGAGAGAUGCCUUCUCUGAGCAAUUCUGGACUCUUAAGUUCAAGUACUGGUCUAAUAAUAAAAGCAGAAUGUAUGUUCUUGAAAAUACAGGAGAUUUUGUAAAGCAAAACAGGCUACAGAUAGGAGAUUCCCUCACUCUUUACGAGGAUGAGAGCAAGAACCUCUAUUUCUCCAUUAAGAAGGUGGAAAAACUGGGUAGAUUAGAAGCCGAACCAUCAUCAUCAUAUGAACAACGAAAUUAUAUGAACCACAACUGCUCAUACAACUAUCAAACUCAAGCUAUGCCGCCAGCUAGAGACGAGGAAGAAGCGUCUUUGGCGCUGCUAAUAGAACAACUUAAACACAAGGAACAACAAGAAGCAUACAACCUCAUGGCAUUGCCCAUGCAUGGUGCUUCUUCAUAUAGACAGGCUGACGAAGCAAAUGAUGGUCCGUCCAACAACAUUACUCACAUGGGAAUCCAUCCCUAUUCGGCGGAGGCGUCCGUACAACCAUCACAAAACAGCAAUAGUACGGACGACUGCUAUGGUGGUCUGGGGAUGUUACCAGAUGUCAAUAGGUAUAAUUUUUUACUUUAAGCAUGAGUGACAGCUUCAUGCCUUGAGGGUAGGGAUAUUUUUUCAUAGUCUAUAGUAGUGAUGCCAUGGCCUAUAUGAUUAAUUAGUUUUCAUUUUUAUACAUGAUUGUUUGUGAUUUUGGGGAGGAUAUAGAGAAGAUAGAAUUUUCCAUAGAUGGGGAAAUUGUAACAAGACAGAACUAUUAUGUAUAUUUAUGUCAAGAUGACAAAUUACCAAUUUUAAAGUUAAUUAACCAAGGU